CAGCUGGCUCAGACGUCUCCGGGGAGCGUGUUGUCCCUCCGAGGCUCCAGCAUCCCCGGGUCUCCUGCGGCCUCCAUCGUGGCCAGAGUGGAGGACGGGGUCAUCGGCUACAGAGACUUGGCGGCGUUGCCGAGAGACAAAGCCAUCCUGGACAUCGAGAGACCAGAUCUGAUGAUCUACCAGCCGCACUACAGCUACAGCCCGCUGGAGGUGAUCCACACACUUCACACUCUGCUGAUGAUCAGGACUCAAACUGACGACGGUCCAAGGGAUGGACAAAAGAUGGUCCACCUGUCCCUCUAACGCCAAACAUCGACAGCUUUGGCCCCCAAAAAUUCUCACUUAGAGCAAUUAAUUGUUGCUGAAGCAAAGAUAUGAAACCUGCCCUUACAAGUUUCCUCUCAUAUUUCGGGACAUUUCCAGGUUUUUAGCAGAUUUCUGUGAU